AUGACAGCCACGAUCUCCGUCGUGUUUGCAUGCUUAAUUGCUGCUAUUUGGCUCGUUCUCCCUGCCAGCAGGCCGAAGCGGCCAUUACCUCCAGGUACGCAUGUUCCCGUCUUGCGAUUGGACGGGGACUCACGGCCUCGACUAGGUCCUCCCUCUACAGCAAAAUCCGCUGAACAUCCAUGGAAGGUUUACGCGACGUGGUCCAAUACUGUCGGUCCUUUGGUUACCUUGGGGACAUCCUCGCGGCCCAUCGUAGUCAUCAAUACCACAGAAGCUGUGACCGAUUUACUUGAGAAGCGCAGCCACUUUUCGUGCAAGCCACGAUGGCCCAUGGCUGAGCUGCUGGGACGUCAGAAGAACGUCGGAUUUCAGUACUACGGAGAACGUUUGAAGCGUUCACGCAGAGUCUUACACAACGCGCUGAACACUACCGCAAUUGGGACCACCUGGACAGGCCUGCUGAACUCCCAGUCGGUGGCAUUACUUCAGGCUUUCCUUCGUUCCCCAGAGACAUUCUAUACGGACGUUGGCGGGAACAUCGAAGCUCUGGUCGUUCUAUUCACAUACGGUAAGAAGCCAGAUGCACAGUACACUUCCAUGGCGAGAGAGGUCAUGCACCAGACUGGGAUCGCCCUGCAACCUGGCCGAUGGGCCGUCAACUUUUACCCCGCGCGUAAGUCUUCUGUAGUGAUGUACGUCCCUGCGUGGUUCCCCGGUGCGGGCUUUCAGCGCUGGGCACAAGACGCGAAAGCGGCCUUCUAUCGUCUCACAAGGGAGCCCUUCUACCAUGUCAAGAAAGAAUUGUCGCAAGGCAAUGCUCCGUUGUCCUUCGUGCGCAAUGCCCUCGAGGAGUCUGAGCAGACGCCGGAGGAAGAAGAUAUCAUUAUGUCUGCAGCCGGCAGUCUCUUCAGUGCGGGGACAGAUACCAUUACUACGGCCGUACUCACUGCGAUACUGCUCCUGACUCGCCAUCCUGAGGUGCAAGCACGCGCCUAUGAGGAAAUCAAGACGGUGGUAGGGACGGAUCGCCUCCCGGAAAUGCACGACCGCGCCUCUCUCCCUUACAUCGACUGUGUAAUACAGGAGAUUCACAGGUUCAACCCUGCGAUCCCACUGGUCACCCACGCUAAUUCGGAAGAGGACGAGUACCUCGGUUAUCGCAUUCCUAAGAAGACAUGGAUCAUGGCGAACGUCUGGGCAAUGCUUCAUGACGCAAAUGACUACCCCGAUCCCGAAGAGUUCAACCCUGAUCGAUUCCUUCCUGGUGGAACCGGGCCCGCGCGCGACCCCCGCACUUUGAUCUAUGGGUUCGGCCGGAGACUCUGUCCCGGGAUGCAUCUCGCCAACGCCUACCUGUUCCUGGUUGUUGCACGGACUAUCGCCAUAUUCGAGCUUCUUCCACCGAUAGAGGAUGGUAUCACCAAGAUGCCCCCGCUCGACUUCGCCGUAGGCUUACUGUCGUACGUCCGAAAGUCAGCUUUUGUGGAGUGUUUCCGGUUCUGA